AUAAGUUAUGCAUGGAUAUUUGUUAUCAAGGGUUAUGUGGGUUAAAUGCUGACUGUAUUACUCUAGGUAAUCGACCGAAAUGCGUGUGUCCUGCAGGAACUACAGGUAACCCGACGAAGUCGUGUAGCGCGUUGCAGACCGAGACUCGAGUUACUCUCAAACCGUUAGUCGAAAUAAAGCCAUUCGAUCCUGCUUUACCCAUUGAACCAACUUUCAUACCUGCCUCAUCACCAUUACCACCUACGUAUACUGAGCCCACUCCAUAUCCUCCUGUUCCUGACUUGCCUAGACCUCCUGCUCAACCAAUCAUUCCCGCAGUUUACAUUGCUUGCGAAAACAAUGAUCAAUGUUCAACUGAUAACUCUUGCAUCAACGGACUUUGUUAUGAUGUUUGUAGCAUCGACAUAUGCGGCGAAAAUGCGGAUUGUUCGGUGAACACUCAUCGCCCAGUAUGUACUUGCCCACCUGGAACUACUGGAGACCCUCAAGAAAGAUGCGUUGCCUUGUUGACAGAUAGACCGUUGGUAUUUGAGCCUAUUGGUGACUAUCCGACCACGAAAAAAACUGAAAAAAUUGUGCCAUCUCAAGAACCGGCAAAAACUACACCGCAACCCAUGCAUGGUCCACCGACUCAACCACCAUUGGAACCUGCGCUAGUUUUGCCUCAAGUGCCUCCAAUACCACCUCUCAUCCCCGUAGGGUGCGAAAAUAAUGACAACUGCAAGUACGACAUGAGUUGUGUGAACAAAUUAUGCAUGGAUAUUUGUUAUGAAGGACUGUGUGGUUCAAAUGCGGAUUGUCGAACAUUAGCAAACCGGCCCAUGUGCAUUUGUCCAGCGGGAACGACCGGAAAUCCUACUAUCAAGUGUACAGCUCUUGCGACAGAAAUUCCCCCACCGAUGCAUCCGCCACUUCAGGAUGAACCUAAAGACUAUCCUGACACCCCACUGUCACCUGCUCUUGGACCUGCAACAACCACUCCAUCACCCACGUAUGUUACUACGCUUAGACCAAGUGAGCCUCCUGUAACCGUUCCUCCGGCUCCUCCAAUAUCUCCUACGAUUAUAAUUGCGUGCAAAAAUAAUGAUGACUGUGAUACUGAAAAUUCUUGUGUAAACUUUAUGUGUUUAAAUGCCUGCCAACUAGGCGUUUGUGGAGAAGAUGCCACUUGUAUACACAAAUCUCACAGACCCGUCUGCAUCUGUCCUCCGGGUACGACUGGAAAUCCUCAAAUUCGAUGUACCUCUAUACUGACGAGUAUUCCUCCUGUUAAGACACCAGUCUCAGAUGAAGCACCGCCGUUGCCUGGUAAACCGAUUGUCCCCAUUGCUGGACCUACUUCUUCUAGACCUCCUCCCAUAGGAAUCCCUCCCACAUCAAAGCCUCAAGAUCCCAUUGUUUUGGAGCCACCUUUAGUGCCUACUCCUCCCCCAAUUGCUGUUGGUUGUGAGAGUAGUGAUGAUUGUCCUUUCGACAAUUCGUGUAUAAACAAACUAUGCAUGGAUAUCUGUCAUCCUGGAUUUUGUGGUGAAAAUGCCGAUUGCUCUACAAAAAGAAAUAGGCCGACUUGUUUGUGUCCUCCAGGCACCACUGGGAACCCGACUGUCAAAUGUAUGGCUAUGGAAAUUGAUCGAUUAGUCCCUCUUCAGCCUCCAUUAGCAGAUGCAAUACCACCUUUACCUGAUGAAUCAAUAGUUGCAGGCCAUCCUCCAUCUACAACUUUCGCUCCACCGUCAUUCAUUACAGCUGUAAUCCCCCCAGAACCUCAAGAACCUCGUCCGCUGCCACCACCUGUUCUACCUUCAUUUACAAUUGCGUGCGAAAAUAAUGAUGAUUGCACUCUUGAUUUCUCUUGCAUCAACAGUUUGUGUUAUGACGUAUGCUCUCUUGGUGUUUGUGGUGUUGACGCUAACUGUGUAGUUGACAUGCAUCGCCCAGUGUGCACAUGUCCUCCCGGGAUGACCGGUCAUCCACUGCAUUCUUGUUCAGCACUCAUGACAGAAAUACCAAUUGUUCAUUCUCCGGUGGCUGGUCCAGAAACAACCGUGCCCGAUGAACAUAUCGUUGCUGGAAAAGGUCCCGCAUCAUCUACAUUUGGCCCGAUUGGCUUUGAUCCCACGCCCUAUCCCAUCGAUCCUCCGAUUACUCCAAUGCCAAUUCCCCCCACACCGUCUCCAAUAGCGGUAGGAUGCAAAAAGAGUUCUGAAUGCUCAUCGGAAACUUCAUGCGUAAAUCGGCUGUGUAUGGACAUCUGUUAUCAAGGCAUUUGCGGAGAUGAUGCAGAUUGUGUUACGAUGUCUCACCGACCAGUUUGCGUCUGCCCUCCUGGAACGACUGGAAAUCCAACCAUCAAGUGCUCUGCGAUGAUGACAGUAACUCCAGAGCUUUAUCCUCCUAUAUCCGAUGUUUCUGUCAGACCACCAUCGGCUUCCAUAAUUCCUACCUUUGACGCUCCUCCUACUGUGCCUCCUCCAUUAUCGGUGACUACUCUUCCUCCAGCCCAGCCACCUGCGAUAAUACCUGCUCCACCGCCACUCGUCCCAUCUGUUAUCAUUGCGUGCGAAAACAAUGAUGAUUGUGAUACCGACAAUGCUUGCAUAAACCGCCUAUGCUACGAAACUUGUAGUCUGAACAUCUGCGGAGAGAAUUCUGAGUGCUUGACAGGAAAUCAUCGUCCAGUCUGUGUAUGUCCUCCUGGAACAAGAGGGGACCCGCAAAUUAAAUGCGUUGCGAUGACGACUGAAAGACCUCCAACUCCCCAGGCACCAAUCACUGAAUACAUCCCCAUGCACGAAGAGACGUUAGUUGCUGCACAUGGUCCAUCGUCAACGACACCAUCUCCUCAAGGAAUUUCUCCUACUCCGUUUCCAGCAGACCCUCCUGUAAAAACUCCUGUGAUCCCGCCAACUCCGCCUUCGGUAUCUGUUGGCUGUGAAAGCAACGACGCUUGUCCGUACGACAGUACCUGCGUGAAUAGGUUGUGCAUGGAUAUCUGCCAUCAGGGGCUGUGUGGAGUAAAUGCGGAAUGUCAAACCAGAAAAAAUCGCCCAGUUUGUACCUGUCCUCCGGGAACUACCGGCAAUCCAACCAAGAAGUGUGACGCUCUUGCAACUGAAAGACCGACUACAAUGAGUCCUCUUGGACAGCCUGUGAGCUUCCCUCCUGAAGGACCUAUAAUUUCUGGCAAAGUACCAUCACCAACUACACCACCGCCUGUAGCUGAUGUUCCUCCGCAGUUCCCGGAGGAACCUAAGGAAGACAUUCCUCUCACAGCACCAAUUGUUCCCCCUAUUAUAAUAGCUUGUGAAAAUAAUGAUGACUGUUCCAUGGAUAACUCCUGCUUGAAUAAUAUAUGUUACGAUGUUUGUGCCCUUGGAAUUUGUGGACUAGACGCUGACUGCGUUACCGCUGAGCACAGGCCAGUUUGCACAUGUCCACCUGGAACUACUGGACAUCCUAUUCACCAAUGUGCUGCGGUGUUGACAGAAGCGCAUACAUUACCACCACCAAUGGUUAGUGACCAUCCUGCAAUUUCAGAUGAAACCAUAAUUCCUACUUUUGAGGGAAUUCCUCCAUUAAAACCUCCACUAGGCAUUCCGCCUACACCGAAACCAGUUGAACCUAUUCCAAGCACCCCUCCAGUUGUUCCUACUCCUCUUCCGAAUCCGACAGGAUGUGAAGGCAACAGUGAAUGCACAUUCGGAACCACUUGCUUCAACCGUUUGUGCAUGGAUAUAUGCUUCCAAGGAUUAUGUGGAAUAAAUGCAGACUGCGUCACAGGAAAGAAUCGUCCUGCAUGUGUUUGUCCUCCUGGUACGACAGGCAAUCCCACGAUAAAAUGUACCGCAAUGCUAAUAGAUAUUGUAGAAACAUAUCCGCCAGUCCCAGAACCGUCAGACCCUGCAAUUGAUGAACCAAUUGAGGCAUCAUCAAUAACGUCUCCUCAUCCCCCACCCAUCAGUGAUGGACCAACGAAUCGCCCACCUGAAAUAUCAUACGAUCCUCCUGCUCCACCGCCCAUUCCACCUUCACUCUCAAUUGCGUGCGCAAACAAUGAUGAUUGUGAUAUUCAGAGUUCCUGCAUCAACCUGCUUUGUUAUCCUGCUUGCGCACUUGGUAUUUGCGGCAAAGAUGCUUCAUGCACAACAAUGAAUCAUCGUCCUAUAUGCACCUGUCCUCCUGGAACGAAAGGUGAUCCUCAGCAACGUUGUAUUGCAAUUGCAACUGAUCAUUUUACUAUGCAUCCGCCUAUUGUGGCUACGUCGACAUUGCCUCCUGAUUCCCCCUUAAGACCAGUAAUAGGCGAAAAAUCAACUGUUCAGCCGCCAAUUUUCAUCACAACAAUAGGCCCUAUUCACCCUGAAUAUUCUCCACCUGAUUUAGUUCCAACUCCUUCGCCAUUUGCCAUCAGCUGCCAGACGAACGACGAAUGUCCAUUCGAUAAUACUUGUGUAAAUCAGCUUUGCUUGGAGAUUUGUCACCCCGGACUCUGUGGAGAAAAUGCGGAUUGUCAGACAGUAAAUCAUAGACCGUCUUGUGACUGUCCACCUGGAACGAGUGGAAAUCCCACAGUGGCCUGCCUAGCCGUUGUAACUGACAAAGUUACAACUUUAGGUCCAGUACAUGGAUUACAUCCGACUUAUCCUGAUUUGUCGGUUGUGCCGGGUUCCGAAAUAUCAUCGCUUCCCCCACCUGUGACUGAAAAGCAGCCAGUGCAUGAUGAGCCAAGACCUCCAUUACCUCCGUCGCCUGUGCUAUUGCCCGUAAUUCACAUUGCCUGCGAAAAUAGAGAUGAGUGUCCGGUUGAUUAUUCUUGUAUCAAUCAUCUUUGUUAUGACUCGUGCGGAUUAGGAAUUUGCGGUGUCGAUGCCGAUUGUAAGAUAUCUGGUCAUCGACCAGUGUGCACUUGCCCGCCAGGAACAGAUGGAGACCCAACUCGCCAGUGUAUUGCUAAGCUCACCGACGUUCACACUACCAAAAGUCCAAUGGCUGGAGAUUCCACUAGUUUGCCUGAAGAACCAAUUGUCUCUGGGCACGAUGCAUCGUCUCCUGCUCCUCCUGUGGUCAUAAUCCCUACAACGCAGAAAGAGCCUCUUUACGAUGUUCCUCCCCCUCCUCCCACACCACCUUCAGUUGUUGUGGGGUGUGAAAGUAGCGAUUCUUGUCCUUUUGAUAAUUCGUGUGUCAACAGACUCUGCUUGGACAUUUGCCAUCCUGGGAUCUGUGGUGAUAACGCUGAUUGUAGAACGAUUGCUCAUCGGCCAUUAUGCACUUGUCCGCCAGGAACGACUGGUAAUCCCACUUUGAAGUGUUCUGCAUUAUCCACAAUUGAACAAGAACCUCUUUCUCCUCCGUUAGCUGUUACUAGUAAGAUUACUGUCGAAACAAUAGUUUCUGGUUUUGAAAGUGAAACUCCAAUUCCCCCGGCGACAGAAAAACCUGCCGUUCGUCCUACUGAGCCUGCAAUACCUCUAAGGCCAGUGAUUCCCCCACUUGCUUCUGUCACGAUUGCGUGCUCUAACAGUGACGACUGUGACCUCAAGAAUUCUUGCAUUAAUAUGUUCUGUUAUGAUGUCUGCUCGCUGGGAAUUUGCGGCGAAGAUGCAGAUUGUAAACCUUUGAAACAUCGCCCUGUGUGCCUUUGUCCUCCCGGGACAACUGGAAAUCCUCAAAUACGAUGCACUGCUAUUAGUACUGCCGUCCACGAUACUAGACCACCAAUAGUUUUCAUACCUGCUCCGGAACCAAAAGAGCCUAUUUAUCCUGUCAGCGCUCCUUCUUCUACUUUCCUACCUCCACUCACCUCUCAAACGCCAUUGCCAUUUUUCCCCACAUCACCCACUUUCAUCGAACCAAUCACUGACGCCCCACUACCUGUUGGUUGCACCAUUGAAACUGAAUGCAAAUUUGACGAGAAAUGCGUUAGUGCCCUUUGUGCAAAGACUUGUUCAGUCACCCCUUGUAGUGAAGGUUCUGAGUGUAGAGCUGUGGCUGAUCAUAGUGCUGUAUGCACACUCACGCGUCCAAUCGGUGUAAUACCAGAGUGUAUAGUAGAUACUGAUUGCCUUGACCAUCAAGCUUGCGUUGAUACUGGUUGCCGAGAUGCAUGUCUUGCAAAUAAUCCAUGCGCACCAAAUGCCGUGUGCAAGGGUGAAAACCAUCGGCCUCAGUGUUAUUGUCCGCCUGGUUAUGUUGGAAACCCGCAUGUGUCUUGCAAAUUACCUGAACUACCAACUACUCCAAGACCGCAUGAUCCAGUGAAACCUCGACCUGAGUGUCUAGUCGAUGAGGAUUGUGACUUAUCACUUGCCUGUGACGAUGGAACAUGCCGUGACCCAUGUACAUAUAAAAUAAGUUGUGGCUUCAAUGCGGAAUGUCUCGUUACGGUGCACUCUCCCUCGUGUGUCUGUCAGACGGGUUUUACUGGUAAUCCUUACGUACACUGCUAUCCUCCUACUCCUGCUCCUAUACGACCAGCUCCUGUAGUAGAGCCUCAAUGUCGCAUCAAUGAAGAUUGUCCACUUGACCGAGCAUGCUUCGAUGGAUACUGUAAGAAUCCUUGCACUGAGGCAAACCGGUGUGCUGCGAACGCACUCUGCGACGUACAAAUACACCGCGCCAUCUGCUCUUGUCCUCCCGGUUUAACGGGUGAUCCUUACAUCCAGUGCCUUAAGACCGCUGUUCCGCCUAUCGAACCGGAAUGUCGUGUGAACGACGAUUGCAGCAACGAACUGGCCUGCAUUGAACUGCGCUGCCAGAACCCCUGUGCACUGUACGACAACUGCGCCUCAAACGCCGAGUGUUUCGUCAAUCAGCACCGGCCGGUCUGCUCUUGUCCUGAUGGCUAUCAGGGCAACCCAAACGUUUUCUGCUUCAUCGCUGGUUGCCGAGACAACUCGGACUGCCUCGCUCAAGAAGCUUGCAUCAAUGAAGACUGCCGCGAUCCUUGCACAUUGCAGACCUGUGGCGUGAACGCUCUUUGUAGGGCAGACAAGCGUAAAGCUGUGUGCUACUGUCCUGAGAAAUAUUCAGGUGACCCGUACGUACUAUGUAGCCGACCCGAGUGCCAGAGCGACCCUGAAUGUCCCUCGUGGCUGGCGUGCAUCAAACAAGAGUGCAAUGACCCGUGCAACUGUGGACCCGGGGCGCUGUGUCGGGUCAUCAACCACCGACCUCAGUGCUCCUGCCCACUGGACCACACGGGCGACCCACACGUCCAGUGCUCACCUCUUCCUUUAGAAGGCCGUCCUGCGGCAGACUGUGAAACAGACGGCGACUGUCCCAGCAAGACAGCGUGCUUCCAAGGAGUCUGUAAAGACCCGUGCGUUGAGAUCAAACCCUGCGGCCGCAACACCGUUUGUGGUGUGGUAGACACUCUGCCAUACAGGACCAUGACGUGUGUCUGUUUAGAAGACCACAUCGGAAACGCCUACGAAGAGUGCAGACUGAAGCCGAGAGAUCCAGCUGGAUGCACGUCGGACGAUGAGUGCGGCGUGAGCGAAGUGUGCCGCAACAGACAAUGUCUCGACCUCUGCUCGGUCCUCAAACCCUGCGCUCCUGAGGCCAUUUGCGAGGUGAUAGAUAAGAAGCCGAAGUGCACCUGCCCACCUGGCUACAUUGGUAACGCCAAUGUUAACUGCUAUCUGAUUCCGGCGGCUGAGCCUCAAUGCACCAUCGAUCAAGACUGCUCCACGGACAGAGCCUGCAUCGACGCAGCGUGCUCCGACCCUUGCAUCGUAGAGGACCCUUGUGGCAAGAACGCCCUCUGCCGCACGCAGCAGCACCGACCCGUGUGCUACUGUCCUGCAAGCUGGGCCGGCAACCCCAAAGAGGAGUGCUUCAAACCUGACUGCACCAAGGAUUCAGAGUGUGUAUCUGAGAGAGCGUGCAUCAACCAGCACUGCGUUGAUCCAUGUACGUACAACGGACCAGCGUGUGGCAUAGACGCCAAGUGUCGUCCCAUCAUGCACCGCGCUCAGUGCUACUGCCCCGUCGGCAUGCAGGGAGACCCGUUGACAGCGUGCAUCACCGUCGGCUGUCGCUCUAACGAUGACUGUCCGGAUGACAGAGCUUGUGAUCGACUCAACAGAGUCUGCAUACCGGUCUGUACGACCACCACAUGCGCUGUCGGGGCCGAGUGCAGGGCUAGGAAUCAUGCCGCCACCUGCUUCUGUCCUCCGGGAUAUUCGGGCAACCCGUUCCGUCACUGCUCUCAACCGCCGCUGGUAGACUACCCCUCGACGCUGCCGCCCAUUGAGCCAGAGUGCCGCCGCGACAGCGACUGUCCCUCCCAGCACGCCUGCAUCAAUGCCCUCUGCGUGAACCCUUGUGCUCAAGAGUCUCCUUGUGUUGACCAGCAGCAGUGCAGGGUCGUGGACGAUGAACCGCUCAGAACCAUGGUGUGCGAGUGUCCCCCCAACCAAAUACUCAUGGAGGGAGGCGCUUGUGUCAGGCCUGGAGCGGUUGUCCCUGAGUGUCAAGUUGACCGUGACUGCGACUCAGACGAGCUUUGCGACGCCGGCACCUGCAGAAAAGUGUGUCGAGUGCAGAGCUGCGGCACCAACGCUGUGUGCACGCCUGAGGCACACACCAGAUAUUGUACCUGUGCGCCGGGCUUCAUCGGCGACCCCUACGUCGCGUGUCGCAGGAGUCCCCCCGUGCUGGAUAAGCCGGUGCCCGAGUGCUCGAGUAACGACGACUGCCCUGACACGCAAUCCUGCAUCAACGAACUGUGCGUGAACCCAUGCGUGCACGACCCAUGCGCACGUAACGCCUUCUGCAUCGUGCGUGACCACGUACCUCAGUGCACGUGUCCUCCAGGAUACACGGGAGAUCCCAAGAUCGCGUGCUCCCUACAAAUUGCUGGUCCACGCGAGACUUGCACUCGGGACACUGACUGCUCCGACGACAUGGCUUGUUUGGAUGGCGUUUGUUAUAGUCCCUGCCAGUGCGGCAAAGACGCCACAUGCCAUGUGCUCAACCACAGACCUGUUUGUUCUUGUGCUCCUGGUUACAUUGGAGACCCUAACACCGAGUGCAGAAUAUCUGGAUGUUCAACCAACACGGACUGUCCGCUAACCACUCAAUGCAUCAACGGUAAUUGCACUGACCCUUGUGAGCUACGCAGCCCCUGCGGCUCUAGAGCUGUGUGCUUCGUCGUACAAAAUCAAGCCAAGUGUCGGUGCCCAUCUGGCUACACUGGAGAUGCGUAUUCUGAGUGUACACCUGUCGGUUGCAGAGCUGAUCUCGAAUGCCUCAAUGAUUUCAUUUGCUAUGAAGGCAAUUGCAAAGAUCCUUGCUUGUUCACUACCUGUGCUGCCAACGCCAAAUGCACUGUAAAGAACCGAGGCGGAGCUUGCGAUUGUUUGCCAGGCUAUGAGGGCAACCCUUACAAGAUCUGCACCCGAUCUGAUGUUGUCGCUGGCUGCAAACUAGACGCAGACUGUCACUUUGGAACCGCAUGUCUGAACGGCAAGUGUCGCAAUCCUUGUGACGCGAAGCCGUGCGGCAACAACGCAGUUUGCACUGUAGUUGAAUCUCUACCCUUCAAGUCAACAAAAUGCGAAUGCAAACAAGGAUAUUCGGGAGACGCGUUCAUUCAAUGUCUACCUACUUCGAGAACUGACGACCUCUGCCAGAAAGAUGAUGACUGUGCUGAUGACAAAGCAUGUUUGUCGGGGCAAUGCAGUGACCCGUGCAAGUGCGGUGACGGUGCAAUUUGCACUGUAAAGCAACACCGACCUACUUGCACCUGCAAGAAGGGUUUCGAAGGCUCCCCUCAACACGCAUGUUAUGCCAUCGGUUGCACGACGACGUCGGAAUGUCCUAACGACAAGGCUUGCUACAACGGCAACUGCGUGAACCCUUGCCUCGUGGACAACCAAUGUUCGCUGUUUGCUGACUGUAGACCUCAGGAUCACGAGGCUCGCUGCUUCUGUCCCGAUGGCAGACAAGGCGAUCCUUACAAAGGCUGUGCAGUUAUCGGCUGCAAAGUCAACAGUGAAUGCCCCUCCGACUACAUGUGUCGCAAUAACCAAUGCAAAGACUUGUGCACUCACAACAACACGUGUGGCAAAGGCGCUCUCUGUUCGGUCAAGAAUAAUGUGGUCUCAUGUUCGUGUCCUGAGGGACAGCGAGGUGACCCUCACGUUGCUUGCGUCCCUAAACAAGACAUCAGGUGUUUGUCUGACUUCGACUGCUUGCAAGGACUCGUGUGCAUGGACAAGCAAUGCAGGAACCCCUGCGAGGAGCUCAAGCCUUGCGAUGCUCCUUUGGUUUGUUCCGUUGCUGACUCGACUAACAUCCGCACUAUGGUUUGCAAGUGUCCUGCCCUCAUGGUGGUAUCAGAGAAGGACAUCUGCUCAGAACUCGAGAUCCCCAUCAGCGUGGGAUGCCGCGCUGACAGCGACUGUCCCUCAAACCGGGCGUGCGUGAACACCCAGUGCGUCGUGCCGUGCAACUGUGGGGAGAACGCCGAAUGCACCAUCGUCGACCACAGACCGCUCUGUGUCUGCCGUGAAGGCUUCCAGGGCGACCCCAUUACUGGAUGCUACAAAGUUGGAUGCACUGCUAAUGAACAGUGUCCUCUAGACAAGAUGUGCUACAAUGGCGUCUGCGUCAACCCUUGCUACGUGAAGGAUCCCUGCGCUAUCAAUGCAGAAUGUUAUCCUGAAGUUCAUCAAGCCAAAUGUAGGUGUCCAGUGGGUAUGGUGGGAGAUCCAUUUGUGCGCUGCGACGUCGCUGGCUGCAAAGAAAACUCGGACUGCCCGACCGACAAGGCGUGCCACAAUCGAAUGUGUAUCGACCCGUGCCCACACACCGAUGACUGUGCCCCUAAUGCGGAAUGUUACGUCUAUCAGCACGUUGCCGGCUGUAGGUGCCCAUCCAGUCACCCCUUCGGCGACCCGCGUCUCAUGUGCGAAGAUAGACCAAUUAUGUCCGACGUGAAGCCUCAAUGUGUCGUUGACGGUGACUGUCCGUCUCAGUUUGCAUGCAUUAACCAGUACUGUCGGAACCCUUGCUUUGAACUAAAACCGUGCGACAAGAGUGCCUUGUGUAAAGUGGUUGACUCACUGCCCGUUCGCACUAUGGUGUGUGAGUGUCCCGAAGGUUACCUCAUUCAGCUGAAUGGUACUUGCAAGCUGAUCGACCUGAUGCCGCCUCCUGAGUGCAGAUCAAGCAGUGAUUGUGGGGAACUUGAAGCUUGUGUCAACAAACAAUGCAAAGAUCCAUGCGAAUGCGGUCCCAACGCUGACUGCGAUAUUGUCGAUCAUCGCGCCAUCUGCACCUGUCAAGUGAACUUCUUAGGAACUCCUGAUGUUGGCUGCUUCCCUAUUGGCUGCAAAGUCGACCCCGAGUGCGCUGAUGAUCAUGCUUGCUAUGAAGGAGUUUGCGCUAACCCGUGUCUUGUGAACAAUCCAUGCGCAUCAAAUGCUGAAUGCUACGCCACAGGACACCGCGCUUACUGUCGCUGCCCCAUAGGACUUAAAGGUGACGGAUACAACGAGUGUCUGAUCAUUGGCUGCCGGUCUAAUUCUGACUGUCCUCCGAAUCAUGGAUGUGUCAAUGAACAGUGUGCGGACCCUUGCCUGAAUAACCCAUGCGUUCCUACUGCAGAAUGCGUAUCCCUGGACCACACAGCGAAGUGUAGAUGUCCUGCAGGAACUGCCGGAGACCCGAAUAUCGAGUGUCUGCCGAUUCAGCACCCCCUUUGUUCUGUUGACAGCGAGUGCCCUCUUCAGCUGGCUUGUAUCAACGAGGAAUGCAAAAAUCCUUGCCAUCAUUUCGAACCUUGCCACGAUACCGCGAAUUGCCGUGUUAUCGACACGGAGCCAAUGAGAACGAUGUCGUGCAUGUGCGACGACAGCGAAGUGACGAAAGAAGACGGUGUGUGUGAGCUCGUCCCCGUCAUCAGGCCCGUGUGUGAGGCUGACCAGCAGUGUCCUCCCAAGGAAGCCUGCAUCAACGGUUUCUGCAAAGAUCCCUGUCAAUGUGGAGCCAACGCCAAUUGCGAAAUAAUUGAGCACCACCCCGUUUGUACCUGCAAAGAAGGAUAUGAAGGCGACCCGGAGGUUGGCUGUUAUGACAUUGGCUGCUUCAGUAACGAUGAUUGUCCUGGCACACAUGCAUGCAAGAACGCCAAGUGUGUCCCUGUGUGUGGUCCUAACAACGAACCCUGUGGCCGGGAAUCAGAGUGCCAAGGUGUCAACCACGAAGCAAUGUGCAUCUGUCCUCCAGGCUCUCGAGGAAACCCUAACACUCAAUGUAUUGCAAUUGGCUGCGUGUCAGACGAUGCGUGUCCCAACGAACGUAGCUGCAUCAACCAGAAGUGCAUCAGCCCGUGUGUUUACGACCCGUGUCUGGAUCCUGCCGAAUGCAAAGUCGAAGGACAUGAGGCCGUCUGCCCAUGUCCUCCUGGAUUCAACAGAACAGUUGACAAUGGAUGUGAAAAACUUAUCGUUGGUUGUCGCGUGGAUGCCGAAUGCCCAUCGCAGCUGGCGUGCGUGAACGGCAAAUGCAUCGACCUCUGCGCGCUGGACCCGUGCGGAAGAUUCGCGGAAUGUCGCGUGGUGGACACGCUGCCCAUCCGCCUCGUGGCCUGCGAGUGCUUGCCCGGAUACCAGGGCGAUGCGGCGGAAGCUUGCUACCCAGUGGCGGUGUGUCCCAUAGAGAAAGGCUUCAUAAUGGACGACGAAGGCAAGUGCUACUGUCCUCAUGAGCGCGGCUUCUACGUCGACGACAACGGCAACUGCGCUCUCUGCCGCACCGACCUCGGCUUCAUCCUCACCGAUGAUGGUCUCUGCAUCUGCGAUCCCUCCAAAGGAUACAUCGUUACUCCUGCGGGAGUGUGUGAUUGUCCCAUACCCAUGAUUAAGGACGAAGCCGGAGUUUGUGUUUUGGGCACCCCACCGCCGCUGCCCCCUGGCUGCGUGCGUAACGAAGACUGCAGCACAGACCGCAUGUGCGAGCGAGGGGCGUGCGUCCCACCCUGCGGGUUCGACCCCUGCGCCAAGUACGCCCUCUGCAUCGACGCCAACCACACGGCCAUCUGCGUCUGCAUCGCUGGAUACUCCGGCGACCCUUACAAGGAGAACGGAUGCAAACCGACAUUUGCUCGCACGGACUUCCCUCGGCCGGACAUGGUGGUGAACUGCCUGGCCGACGGCGUGCAGGUCGAUAUAAACGUGGGAGACCCAGGCUUCAACGGCGUCAUGUACGUCAAGGGAUACUCCAAGAAUGAAGAGUGCCGUAAACUCAUCAAACCUGAUGUCGAUGUCGGCACCAUCGACUUCAAAGUUAAAUUCAACACGUGUGGACUCAUCCAUGAAGACGGUCUUGCUCGGUUUAUUCUGGUUCUGCAAAAACAUCCCAAGUUGGUGACGUACAAAGCACAAGCCUACCACAUCAAGUGUACAUACAACACUGGCGAGAAGACCAUCGCGAUCGGCUUCAACGUGUCGAUGCUCACCACCGCCGGCACCAUUGCGAACACAGGCCCGCCUCCAACAUGUCUCAUGAAAAUUACUGACCAGUACGGCGGUGACAUCACGAGAGCAGAAAUAGGUGACCUGUUGCGACUCAGAGUAAUCGUUGAACCUUCUCACAUAUAUGGAGGUUUCGCUCGCAGCUGCGUUGCUCUGACGUCUGGCGAUGGAGAAGACAUCGACUACCAAGUAACGGACGAGCGAGGCUGUGCCAGUGAUCCUGCAGUCUUCGAGGAGUGGCAGCUGGACCAAGACAAGGCUUUAGUUGCUAACUUCAACGCCUUCAAGUUCCCGUCAUCCAACUCCAUCCGCUUCCAGUGCAACGUUCGCGUUUGUUUCGGCAAGUGCCAACCUGUCAACUGCGAUGGCUAUGAUGCGUUCGGAAAGCGAAGGAGGCGUCAAGCUGCAGAAGAAGACGCUGAAAUUUUCUUUGAAGACGAGUCUACUUACGAUAGCCAGUUGAGGGAAAUCAAUGUCUACUCACAGUCCAUACUCACCAUCGAGAGCAGGACGGGUCGACUCACAGCGCCUCAAGAGGUGCAGACAGGCCCUGACGAGGUGUGCGUGAGCAAGUGGGGCUUCAUCAUCGCGCUGGUGAUCACGGCGCUGUUGGCGUUGGUGGCGGUAGCCGUGGCGGUGUCGUGCUGGCUGAUGGCUUACAGAAGCAAGCCGAAACACAGCGGCCCACUCCCCCACCCCGCUGGCUUCCCCAACCCGCUCUUCACUACCCCUCAGCCCCUGGCUGAACCCUCACCUGAUUAUCUAUCCUAAGAAAUCUAGUUACCUAGAUAUAGUCUCUCUAUUUGCUUCCGAGAAACGUGACUCCACUCCUGAUUUAACGAAUAAUGAACGUCUCGUUAUUGCUCAAGGGAUCGAGGAAGCCGUCACGCCCCUUAAUCGGGUCCAAUUCCUAGUCACCUUACGUGCGGAAGAUCAGCAGGGCUCCCGCAGCAACUUGCUCUGAUCUUCUUACUAAUGAUUAGCCUCGACUUCUCGUAUCUGUGAUCAUUACUUAACUUUAGGGCAAAAGUUUCUACGCUCCUAACUUUGCUAGAAAACAAUUCUCAACUUAUUUACUUCGGACUUCUUGCUACACGAAUCAAGGAAGAUACGCCAUGAAAAUCAGAAAGUUCUGCUAGCUUCGAUUACUGCCUCAAGAAUAUGAAUGAAGAAAUAUUCUGUCUCUACGCUGCAUAGACCACACGAAGCUUGCAGGCCUCAGGCUCUAGCCGAAUGAGAAGCACCGCUGAAGGCGUGAUCAGUGCAAUCUGCAUCAGCGGAAUCUGAUUGCAAUAAUUUAAAUGCUAAUGAUAUAACUUUAAGAACCUGAAAUAUUUCUGUAUAAAGAUGCUUGUCCAUGUAACCCCUCCUGCGCGAGCGGUCUUCUCUGCUUGGCUACAUGAAAUGCCGCAGUUGGGGCGAUGUAAAUAACAAGACGAGAUACGCUACUCGUAGGUAAGCUGUAACAGAGGCAUUCUAUGAAUUUAAAGGUGCAGAGUAUCUUCGUAGAGCUACACGAAAUUUUAUGGUGAGCAAGCGACUGCUGUCAUUGCCAAACUCUAAGCAUUGUCUUGACGAAUCACCGGAGUCUCAAUUUAAUCUAAAUGACGUACCAUCAUCGUCCAGACGGAGCAACCCGGGAUCGGCUUGACGAGUCCAAGAGUGGUCGAGAGACAGCUGCAUUGCGCCCCCACACAGCGUGCAUCUAGGCACUGCUGUGCAGCUUCUGAAUUGUACAAUAAAAUCUGAUAGGAUGCUAGUUUUAAUUUCAUUAUGAUAGUCAUUUAACCGUUAUUAACUUAUGGCGUUAGGGAAUUGUCUGCGUUUUGUUCAGGGGACGGUUUAGACGGAGCGCUAGCACCUGGUGUGGAUCAUUUCUCGUCAGUGGCUUUAUAAAGUAACUCGCACAUGAGGCGCUUCAGAACCAACAUACUUACGCCUCAAUACCGGGUUAUGUCGGAGUAACUGCGCAUCUGAUGCUGUUUACUGCUAUAAAGUGUAUGCAUAAAGAAGUUUUCCAACGGUGCUUGCUUGAUGUAAAAGAUUGUAGUCUGGACAGAUAAAAGUCAUGGAGGCUAUGGGGAGUUCACAGGUCCUAACAUUUGAUCCUAAGUUGUUGUCAAACAUAGCACAGAGUUGCAGGGAAAUUUACAAACUCUUUACCGACAGCAAUUUCAUUACCGUGGAGUAAUUUGCAUACUUUUUAUACUCGUUGUUUCGAUAUCGGGUUAGCAUCAGACAACGUAUAAUCCAUCCUAAUAUUCUCUACUCCUCUAUUUAAAUAAGAUGAAAUUGUCCAAGAACUCCUCCUAUCUACUUGACUUUGGUGGCCGCUGUAGAAUUAUGAGCGUAUAGAAGGCGCAUAGAAUCACUUAGUUCACCUGUUAACGCUACCUGCACAGCCUCCUUGUUCCAGGGGGAGGAAGGGAGUCACGUAACGAUAGUAAAUUCAUUGGUAGCAACAACAUCUUGAAAAAGGAAAUGGGUUAGGAACUGCAACGAAGUCUAGAGUAAUUAAUUCUAAAAUUUUGAGCCUCAUCGAAGCCAGCAACGACCUAGCGGAUUAUUUACUCCUUAAGUAUAAACGAUUGCCGAAAAUGAAAGAAAUUAUUUUGAAUAACACACUAACAAUAAAUGAUGUGUUCAUCACAUUUUCGUAUAUUAAACCUAUAGUAGCUCAAUUAUAUGUGCCUCCAAUGUAAUCUUAUAAUCUUAGAGGUGAUGAGGCCUGCUGUGGGGCGGCGGGUGGAGCUGUCUAAUUGGGCAUCCUGCCCUUGCUGAGGAUCUCACCCCCUGCCCCUCGGCUGCCCUGCGCCGACGCUGGGUUAGCGAUCACAGGCAGUACUAUCUAAACACGCUUACUUACACGUAGCUACCAAUUUCUCAACUGUGAUUGGUGUUACUGUUUUCGAUAGUACUUCCCCAUGUUAGUUGUGAUCAGAGGAUUCAACAGCGUUGCUCCUGUUUACGCUUGCUGAAGCCUCUAAAUGCAAAUAUUCUGAUUGUCGCAGCAGCGCCGUCGUAAGGGCUGACCAAGUCACCUCGCAUGUUCCCUCAUGUAGCCGCGGUCAGUUCACUCCUUGUCACUUCUGCUUCUAACUUGUUGAGGCAAGUCUCACUUCUUACGGCGGUCCAACAGAUGUCGCUUUUAACAAUUUACCUAUCAAUUUCUUCCUUGUUGCAAAAUAUUCAGUCCGGUUUGAAGAUUUGAACUUAAAUCUAAAGAGCUGACAUGUUUGACCGCCGUUGAAGAAAUUAUUAAACCAAAGCUGUUUUUUCUUAGUAUAUUUUUGUGCUUGUGUUGCGCUUCUUUGCGCUGGACGGGCGUGUACGUAACAUUAGUGAAGAUGUUUCAUAGCUGCUUCGUCGUCGUAGUAAGGGCACGACGGCGAGCUCAAGCCUGUCACAUCUUCUGCUCAUGUUGCGGUCACGUCUGCUCUCGGACCGCCAGAGACCGAAAUGUUGAGUGCGGGACGAAGACUGUCCAGUGCAGAGAUUUUCAGCUCCGUUGUGAGAGUUCGCGCUAGGCUAGGCUUGGCUUGGCUCUUUCAACGUCUCGAGGUUCAAUCUUGUGCCUUUGCUAUCUAUUAGUCUGGCUCUACAGCCCCCACGCUGCGCUUGAGAGUUUAUGUUUUAUCUUAAGAAUUGCGCAUGCUGCUCAGACAACAGCCACUCUCGUAAGGAGCUACUAUACAUUUCUGAGACUUGCCUAGGAUUUAUUAUUAAAGGAUUUCUUCAAUCCGCUAUAAUGUUAACCCUUUAAACGCUUUCCGUGUUGAUACAUCACAUUUCAGCCUGUGUUACCAAAUACAAGAAUUUAAUAAUAAAACUUGAUUUUCAUUUCCUUAUUUUACGACGAUUCUAAGUUUCCGUACCAUCUGUCUGCAGGACGAAGUGAGAGACAUGUGUGAAAUUAAUUAGUAUUGCCUCUAUUCGAUUGAAAAUCCAUUAUAUUUCAACUCUACGUUUAUUGCAAAACUAUGAUAAAUUUCAUUUAUGAAUACAAUUUUUAAUUUUC